UCCGCAAGUGUGAAAUCGAUCGAUCUUGUCGGACCUUUGCCUGUUGGGUUAGCGUCCAGUCGAUAAUACAGCCCUAUGAAGGAGUACAAAGUGGUCGUGCUUGGAUCAGGAGGCGUUGGGAAGUCUGCAUUAACUGUGCAAUUUGUUACUGGACAAUUUGUCGAGAAAUAUGACCCAACGAUUGAGGACUUCUACCGUAAGGAAAUAGAGGUUGACAAUAAUCCGUCCAUCUUGGAAAUUCUAGACACUGCAGGCACUGAGCAGUUUGCAUCUAUGCGAGAUUUAUACAUAAAGAAUGGACAAGGAUUCCUUUUAGUCUACUCUCUAAUCAACAGACAAACAUUUGCCGACUUAAAGCCGAUGAGGGCACAGAUCCUACGAGUGAAAGGAAGCGAGAAUGUGCCGAUUGUUUUGGUAGGGAAUAAGAGUGAUAUUUACGACGAACGAGAGGUUUCGGUAGGUGAAGCGAAAGAUCUCGCAGAAGCAUGGGGCUGUCCAUUCUAUGAAACCUCAGCUAAAACCAGAAGCAAUGUAGACAAAGUGUUCGCUGAAGUUGUUCGUAGAAUGAAGACGACAGGAACUGGUUCUGGUCGAAAUAAGGGAUGCUGUACUAUACUAUAAUUGUUGGCUUAGCGCGAUUUAAUAUGGAUCACACGGUUCGAUCACACAAUACUCCAAAGUCCUUAGAUAUUCAAGAGCUAAAAUCAUUCUCUACUUUCUCGACACUUGGAUGUCUUCAGCUUACGAAUCGGAUACACAUCUUCCCAUGUACACAAGAAGCCUUUCAGCAAUAAAUCUCGUGACUAGAAUAUUCUAUCCAACACGGAAGAAAUGAAGGAAUAGACAUUUUGCCAACAACAAUCUGUUAGGCUUAUUGUGGUUCUCAAUCAAUUUUGAAAUCAGGCGAAGGGUCAUUUUAGAUCCUGCAUACGUUUUUAAAAGAAUAUUUAUAGAUAAACAAUUCAAUGUUAAUAUGGAUUAUUCAUUGUAAAAUUCUAGAUUUUUGUGAUAGUCUGUAAUAGUAGUUGCUUGUCUAAUUGAAGCAUCUUUGGGUGUGUUGCACAUUGAAUGUGCUUUAUUACACGAUUUUUAACACUCCUAGACAGAAUACUUCAAGUGUCUUUGCCUUUUCUGAUACUCAAAACUUUAUUUGAGCAAAGUGUUUUACAAUGCUUUUGUUUAAAAUCUGUUUAAUCUCUCGCAAACACAGUGAUGCAUAGUAAUUGGCUUGUUUCUCAACAGUGGUGCUGCAUGAUUUAUAUAUAUUUAUUUUUCCAACCUGGGUUUGAUUUUGAUAAUUUCUUACCCAUUUUGUAUUUUUUUUAGCAAGACAUUAAAUGAAUAGUUUAAUAAUA